GAUUAAAGUAGUAUUUGGGGAAGAUGGCGGAUGCAGAGAAUGUUGUUCGGUCUUUACUGGGGUUUCUUCAAGGGGAAGACUAGCAAGCCCAUCUUAAGUUUGCUCCGCAAUCUAUGCUCUCUAUUUAUGUUCAGACUCUGUUCUUGAUCAUUGUUAAUCGUCUGAUGUAUUAAUCAUACACAUGGAGACACAUGGGGGCAGUCGCAGAAGUAUGAAGGAAACUGAAUCCUCAAGAUCCAGCCGCAGCCGCCACCGCCGCCGUCGAAGUUCGUAUGACACGGAUUCAGAUUCCGCGUCUCCUGCAGCCUCAGACUCGGAUUCUUCCAGCCGCGAGUCAUCUCCAUCCAGACGCAAUCGAAAUCGCAGCCGCCGCAGUCGUAGCAGGCGACACAGAUCGAAGAACUCCAGUGAUUCUGAGACGGAGGGAGAUGAUAGGAGGAAGAGUAAGAAGAGGAAAAUCACGGAUGAGCAGAUUGCUGAGUAUAUGGCAAAGAAAGCUGAGAAGAAGUUGAAGAAGGCGGCGAAGAAACUGAACGCAAAACACAAGCUUUCUGGAUACUCAAACGAUUCGAAUCCAUUUGGAGAUUCAAAUCUAAACGAGAAAUUCAUCUGGGAAAAGAAAAUCCACAGGGACAUAUCAAGAGGCGUUCCUCUCGAGUCAUUCUCACUCAAAGCUGAAAAGGAAAGACAGAAAGAACGGAUAGCGGAAAUAGAGAAGGUGAAGAAGCGGAGAGAAGAGCGAGAGGUAGAAAAGGCUCAGCGUGAGGAGGAAAUGGCCAUGCUUGCCAGGGAGCGUGCUAGGGCCGAGUUUCAAGAUUGGGAGAAAAAAGAAGAGGAAUUCCACUUUGACCAAAGCAAAACCAGGACAAAGAUCCGGAUCCAACAAGGGAGAAUCAAGCCAAUUGAUGUUCUCACCAAGCAGCUCGAUCCUUCUGAUGAUUUUGACAUAGAAAUCAACGAGCCCUACAUGGUUUUCAAGGGUUUAACUAUGAAGGAAAUAGAAGAGCUUCAAGAGGACAUCAAACUACACCUUGACCUGGAUAGGGCUACAGAAACACAUACACAGUACUGGGAAGCACUUUUGGUGGUUUGCAAUUGGGAAUUGGCCGAAGCAAGGAAAAAGGAUGCUAUGGAUCGAGCCAGACUGCGUGGAGAGCAUUUACCCCCAGAGUUGCAGGCUGAAGAGAGGGGUCUGCAUUCUAGCAUUGAAGCAGAUGUGAAGCUCCUCUUGCAGGGUAAGAGCUAUGAAGAAUUGGAAGCUCUCCAGUCUCAAAUCGAGUCCCAGAUGCGCUCUGGUACAGCUAAAGUCGUUGAGUAUUGGGAAGCUGUUCUUAAGAGACUCCAGAUUUUCAAGGCCAAGUCUUGCCUUAAAGAAAUCCAUGCCAAAAUGUUGCGUAAAUACCUAGAAUUUCUUGAAAAGCCAUCUUCUGAGAAGAAAGAUGAUGAAAAUGAUCUGAACUUUAUUAAGCCCGACAAUGAAGAAGAGGCGGAUGACCAUAUUCAAAAGGAAGAUAGAGCAGUUUCUGUAGAGCCUGUGCUGAUUGAAGAAGAUACUAAGGAAGAUGUAAGAGUUGAAGAUGAUGAUGAUGAUGAUGAAGAUGAUAUGUAUGCUGGAUCAUAUUCGCCUGUAUUAAUAAACGCUGACGAAAAGGAAGAAGCAUUAGAUCCUGAGGAAGACAAAGCCAUGCUUGAAAAGAAGAGAAUGUCAGUUUUGGAAGAACGUCGCCUUCAGGAUAUUAUUAUCCCAAAACCAGAAGAUAAAAUCUUUGAGAAGAAGGCAUUGAAAGCCAUGGGAGCUAUGGAGGAAGGAGACACAGUGUUUGGCUCUAACGAUGAAGUUAAUAUUGAUUCGCAGGUUUACUGGUGGCACGACAAGUACCGUCCUAGAAAACCGAAGUACUUCAAUCGUGUUCAUACGGGAUAUGAAUGGAACAAGUAUAACCAGACUCACUAUGAUCAUGACAACCCACCCCCUAAGAUUGUGCAGGGAUAUAAGUUCAAUAUAUUUUUUCCGGAUCUAGUUGACAAGUCAAAGGCCCCAACUUUUGUGAUAGACAAGGAUGGAGAUAGCGUUGAUACUUGCAUCAUAAGGUUUCAUGCGGGCCCACCUUAUGAGGACAUAGCUUUCCGGAUCGUUAACAGAGAGUGGGAAUACUCUCACAAGAAAGGGUUCAAAUGCAUAUUCGACAGAGGGAUUCUGCAUUUGUACUUUAACUUCAAACGCCAUAGAUACCGUCGGUGAAGGGAAUUCUUAUAUUUUUCGAGUGGCUUUAUUCCCAUAGAUUUGUAUUUGAAGCACUUUAUGUCACUUUGGCCCUUGCUGCUGCUAUUAUUCAUUAUGUAAGCCUUAUUUUUGAAUCUGUUUCUCUAAUAUUUGGCACUUUUCUUCUUUUAGUUGUUUUAAUCCUACCCAGUUGGGUCAACCUGUGCGUUCUGUACUUCAAGGAUCUGUCUGAUUGAGGGUUUUAUGAGGGGUUUGAAAAGAUUAAUCUGUAUCUUGAUAUGUAUUUAAGAUGUUAUAAAAGUUUUAAAAUGUUAACAUCAUAUCUGAUCGUGUAGCAUUUCAUCAUCUUUCUCUGUCUUUAGAAUCAUUUUAUGUAUCCAGAUAUAUACAAGUUUUUCAAAACUGAAAGCACUUCAAAACCAUUCAUCCAACCAUACCAUUCAAAAUGUGCACGCAGUUGUUUUAAUGAGUAAUAUUGACAUUCUUCAUGGAUGAAAAGAUUUUGUUAAGUAGCAGUCCUUGCUUCAGCCUAGUAGUAUUUGGUACUAGAGCUACUUACCCGCACGGGUAGCUCAGUUGGUCGAGUGGUGGGAGAUUUGGAACAAUGUACCAAGGUUCGAAUCCCCGCAGCGAUCGGGUGGAGGUCACAGAACUUGAAAUAAGGUUGAGCCUCUGGUGCACACGGGUGUAUGGACCUACUGCCAUUCUGCUGAUUAAGUCACCGUGACUGAUCUCCCUACCAUCCUGUCGGAGAUUCCACCUUUUCAAACAAUUGGAACAAUGGUACUAGAGCUACUCAGUAAUUUGCAAUGAUGCAGGGCCACUGUUCCAGAGAGCAAUGCCAUUAUUUUCCUCCUAUUGGCCAUUGGGUAGGUCACUGUCAGUCUGUCAUGCAAAUACUCAGCAAUGGCUCUUAUUUUCCUCCAUUCGAGAGCUUUAAUUUGCUUACUCUACUUAUGGAUAAUUGAUAAGUGGCCAUAUUGUUGACCAAACGCCUUUUAUUAGGCGUGAGACCAGUUUUGUUCUGGUUAAAAUUAGAUAGAAUCAUAUUAAAAAUUGUAGGUGUAUUCUUUUUACUUUGAAGUAAUAAUGCAAUUACUCCCUUCAUCGAAUUUCAUGUUUUGAUUUAAGAUGCUUCAUUGACAAUAAAACAACUUGAUCCCUGUUUAAA